AUGGCCACAUCCUCUAUGUCUUCGCCAUCAGUCACUGCGACAACGCGGCCCACGACUGGCCGUGCCGGCACCAGCAAUAGUCUCAGCAGCAGCUACUCCAGCGACGACAGCUUCCUACACCGAACCAACAGUGCCCUCGACGACGACAACGACCGCCACGAUGACGACAAUCUCGCGUCCAACUUUUACUCCGUUCCCCACAACCUCACCAGCUUUCUCGACCACAGACCGCUCGCAUGGCGGAUGGGCCUGCCGUUGGCACACGACCUGACGCAAGCCCGCGAUCUCAAAGACUCGUCUCUACACUACGCCCCCUCCCUCCCGCAGUCCCCUCGCUCCCACUCCCACUCCCACUCCCACUCCCGCGGCCGCCGGCCACGCGAAGAUACGCUCGACCGCCUCCGCUACGACAUGGCCGACUUUGUCAAGGCCACCGUCUGGGCCAACCAUGACACUGUCCGGCUGCGGCCCUCCGCGUGCGCCAAACACACCGGCGAGGACAGCCCGCCCAGCAAAGGCAUCUUUGUCGACUGCGGCCUCGACCUGCCCCGCUGGCUGCUGCCCACCCGCGGCGAGCACCUGCAUCUGCACGCCGACGGCAGCGCCCACAUGAUCCUGUCGCGGGCCGAUGCCACCGCGGCCGUCCAGUGUGGCUGGGCCGAACGGCUGCCCGUCCUCCAGGAUUUGGUGGAUGGCGGCAGCGGCGGGCACGAAGCCGUGCAGUACGUGGCAGUACACGCGCCCCGGAGCGCGGCAGAACUGCCCGACUGGAAGCGGCUGGUGCUGGCGAGCGUGCGGUUCUGCACAUACACACAACGGGAGCUGAGCAUCCGGCGGCCGGAGCGAUUAUGA